AUGUCGUCUAGUGGCACCAUAAGUAACUAUUAUGUCGAUUCUCUCAUAGGCCAUGAAAGCGAAGAAGUUUACGGGAGUAGAUUCGUCCAGGCAGGUCACAGUGCGACCUCCAGGCCAUCAGGUGUUGCAGAGAGUUCAGAUUUUUCUUCCUGUAGCUUUGCACCAAAAUCCACCGUGUUCUCCACUUCUUGGUCCACGGUCCAUCCUCAGCCGUCUGCGGCAAUGACAGGGAUCUACCAUCCCUACAUGCACCAGCCCCACUUAGGGGCAGCCGAGACUGGCAGAUACGUGCGCUCCUGGAUAGAGCCCUUCCCCGGCUUCCCCAGCAGCAGCUCCAGCUCCUCCAACGGGCGCCACUACGGGAUAAAGCCUGAAACGGGAGCAGCUGCCUCCUCUUCCUCCUCCUCCUCCUCCUCCUCCACCUCCAAAAGGACUGAGUGCUCCUCGUCCCGGGAGUCUCAGGGGAUCAGUGUGCCCGAGUACACGUGCAAUUCCUUCCUGCAGGAGACCCGGGAGAAGACGGCUACUUGCAGCCCCAAGGAGCCUCCAGGCUGCAGCCACAACCCCAGCCCGAGCAGCGAUCUGAAGGAAGAGAAGCAACAGCAACUUGACCCAAAUAAUCCGGCAGCAAACUGGAUCCACGCUCGUUCAACGAGGAAAAAGCGUUGUCCCUAUACAAAGUACCAAACUCUGGAACUGGAAAAAGAAUUCCUCUUUAACAUGUAUCUGACUCGGGACCGCCGUUACGAAGUAGCUAGGAUUUUAAAUCUCACAGAGAGACAGGUCAAAAUAUGGUUUCAGAACAGAAGAAUGAAAAUGAAAAAGAUGAACAAGGAGAAAGGAAAUAAAGGAGACUAA